CAACCCGUAUUCCUAAAAUUUCCGCCUCCUAUAUUAUGCCCGGCUUAACUAGCCAAUCAAUGAGCUUGACCGUUAACCUAAACCAAUCGGAAUGAAGGAGGCGGGAACUGAGUAGCCAAUCAUAGAACAGAAGAGCGGGCUUGUCAGAAUGCGGGUGGGGAAACACGCACUGGCGUGCAGCGUGGUUUCUGAUGUGUGCUCCGGUUAACUAACCCUGAGGGCUAGCAACGAAAAUGCGGUUUAUUAUUAAAUAGUACUCCAUGUUAUAGUCUGAUUUUUUUUAUUUAACGUUUGUUGUUUAAUUUAUCAGUUGAAAAGAUGGGGAAAAGCAAGACUAAAAACCAGAAGAAGGCACGCGUAGCUGCCAAUCACGUGGCCGAGGAGACGUACGGAAGCGUGCCACACUCCUUUGUCUUUCACCGUGGCCAGAUCGGGAAGAACGUGGAUCAGCUGAUGAUGGACAUGCGGCGUGUCAUGGAGCCGUACACGGCACAGUCCUUAAAGGUUCGAAAGAAAAACGUCUUAAAAGAUUUUGUGACUGCAGCAGGACCAUUGGGAGUCACGCACUUCCUUGUCUUCACCAAAACUGAGAACAGUGUUAACCUGAGACUGGCACGACUUCCUAAAGGCCCCACUGUCCAUUUCCAGGUCACUAAGUACACUCUCAUUAAGGACGUAGUUUCAUCUUUAAAGAGGCACAGGAUGCAUGAACAGCAGUUUACUCAUCAUCCACUGCUGGUGCUGAAUAAUUUUGGGAUAGAGGGCAUGCAUAUCAAACUGAUGGCUACCAUGUUUCAGAACAUGUUCCCUUCCAUCAACGUGCACAAGGUCAACCUGAACAACAUAAAGAGGUGUGUGUUGGUGAAUUACGAUCCUGCAUCUCAAGAAAUAGAGUUUCGGCAUUACAGUCUGAAGGUGGUCCCUGUGGGCAUGAGCAAGGGCGUGAAGAAGCUCUUGCAGGAGAAGUUCCCUAACAUGAGCAAACUGGAGGACAUCAGUGAGCUGCUUCUGAAGGGUGUAAACCUUUCGGAGAGCGAAGCAGAGCAGGACGGCGAGCACAACAUCACCGAGCUGCCUCAGGUGUACUCAGGGCGCGGGAACAUGAGGUCGCAGCAGAGCGCUGUCCGACUUACUGAGAUUGGACCCAGAAUGACCCUGCAGCUGGUAAAGAUUGUAGAAGGCAUGGGAGAGGGGAACGUGCUUUAUCAUUCUAUUAUGACAAAGAGCGAGGAGGAGAUUCAGGAGAUUCUGAGGAGGAAGGAGGCCCGUCUGAAGGAGAAAGCAGAACGCAGGAGCCAGCAGGAGCAAAACGUAGCCCUGAAGAAGGAGAAACGAGACGAGAACAAGAAAAAGAGUCUGGAGGGCAUGAAGAGGAAACGGCAGCAGGAAGGGGCUGCGUCUGAUGACAGUGAAGUGGAGGAUCCUGGGAUGCAGGAGGACCAGCCUGAAGCUGAGGAGUCGGAAGACGAGGCAGAGUAUUACAGACAGGCCGUUGGAGAGGAACCUGAUGAAGAUAUGUUCCCCACUGCAAAGAGGAAACAUGGCCCAGGCAAGUCACGCAUGCCCUUUAAGAAGAGGAAACUGUCUAUGUCAAAAGCUCCUGGUGAAGACAAAUCCAGAUCCAAACCUACUGGCAAGGCUUCUUUUGGUGCUAAAAACUUUGCUGGUAGGAAGUUUGGCGGGAAGAACAUGGGAAAAAUUGCAGCAGGAAACAAAGGAUUUAGAGCGGGAAAAACGGCAGGGGUCAGCAGCCGGUUUGGGAAGAGUAAAGGAGGAAAGAGGUUUGGAGGAAACAAAGGGGAAAGGUUUGGGGAAAAGAAAAGGGGGGCUCAAAGUUCAAAGGGGAAAGGACAAAGACCAAAAACCGGCUCUGCAUUUAAAGGAGGCUCGAGGGGAGGACAAACAAAGAAGGACUUCAAGAAGAAGAAGGAAAAAAGGUGAAGAUAAAACAUGAGCCAGGAUCUACACAGCAGUGACUGCACUAGCAGAGCGCAACUUGGUGGUGGCGAUGUUGCCAGUUUGAACUGCUAAUCUGCUAAAGCAUCUGCGAAAAGACUGCAAUCUAUCUAAAGAUAAAUUUGUGUUUUGUAAAAAUGUUAAUGAAUGUUUAUUGCAUUUAUAGCAAUAAAUAAUGAGUCUUUCAUAAAA